CCACCCGACCCAAACCCCCACAUCCGCCUAUAUACCUCGCCUGCGCCCACCCUAUGCGCAGCUCCCAUCCCCCAAUCCCCGCCGCAUCCGACGACCACCACGGCCACCCAUGGGCGCCUGCCUCUCCUCCUCCUCCUCCCCGCCCGCGGGGGCCGCCCAGCGCCGCCCCAGGAAGCGCUCUCCCAGGGGCAAGCCCGCCGACAAGGACGGCGGGGCGGCGGAGGCCCGGGCCGCCGUGGAGUUCGGCUACGAGCGGGACUUCGACGCCAGGUACGACGUCGGCCGCCUCCUCGGCCACGGCCAGUUCGGAUACACCUUCGCCGCCACCGAGCGCCUCUCCGGGGACCGCGUCGCCGUCAAGCGCAUCGACAAGGCCAAGAUGAACCGACCUGUUGCUGUGGAAGAUGUAAAGAGAGAAGUGAAGAUUCUUAAAGCCCUUAAAGGCCACGAGAACAUUGUUAAUUUCUACAAUGCAUUUGAGGAUGAUUCAUAUGUGUAUAUUGUGAUGGAACUAUGUGAGGGUGGUGAACUAUUGGACCGGAUUUUGGCAAAGAAAAACAGCCGCUAUAGUGAGAAAGAUGCUGCGGUGGUAGUGCGGCAGAUGCUCAAAGUGGCUGCUGAGUGUCAUUUGCGUGGGUUAGUCCACCGAGAUAUGAAGCCAGAGAACUUCCUUUUCAAGUCAACCAAGGAGGACUCGCCUCUGAAGGCAACAGAUUUUGGUCUAUCAGACUUCAUAAAGCCGGGGAAGAAGUUCCGUGAUAUAGUUGGCAGUGCCUAUUAUGUUGCACCAGAAGUAUUAAAACGGCGGUCGGGGCCUGAGUCGGAUGUUUGGAGCAUAGGAGUUAUAACUUACAUUUUGCUCUGUGGGAGGCGCCCUUUUUGGGAUAAAACAGAGGAUGGUAUAUUCAAGGAAGUUCUAAGAAACAAGCCUGAUUUUCGUAAGAGGCCUUGGCCAGGCAUCAGUCCAAGUGCUAAAGAUUUUGUGAAAAAGUUGCUAGUGAAGAACCCAAGAGCGAGAUUGACAGCAGCUCAAGCUCUCUCACAUCCAUGGGUGAGAGAAGGAGGAGAUGCAUCCGAGAUCCCUGUUGAUAUAUCUGUAUUGUAUAACAUGCGCCAGUUCGUCAAGUACAGCCGCUUUAAGCAAUUUGCGCUGAGGGCUUUAGCAAGUACAGUCAAUGAGGAAGAGCUAGCGGAUCUUAAGGACCAAUUUGAUGCAAUUGAUGUUGAUAAAAGUGGAUCAAUUAGUAUCGAAGAAAUGCGGCAUGCCCUUGCUAAGGAUCUUCCUUGGAGAUUGAAGGGCCCCCGUGUACUCGAGAUUAUUCAGGCAAUCGACAGCAACACAGAUGGUCUUGUCGACUUCAAAGAGUUCGUUGCAGCAACUCUGCAUAUACAUCAGAUGGCUGAGCUGGACUCUGAACGAUGGGGCCUACGUUGCGAAGCUGCUUUCAGCAAAUUUGAUCUGGAUGGUGAUGGAUACAUCACCCCCGAUGAACUUAGAAUGCACACUGGCUUAAAGGGAUCCAUCGAGCCAUUACUGGAGGAGGCCGACAUCGACAAAGAUGGGCGGAUAAGCCUGUCCGAAUUCCGCAAGCUUCUGCGGACCGCGAGCAUGAGUAACCUCCCGAGCCCGACAGGAGUUCCAAAUCCACAGGCUUUGUGAAAAUCCAUAUAGGGAGAUGAUGAUAAGUACAUUAGUCUGAUUUUUUGUUCUCAUUCUCGCUGUUUUCUGCGUUCCGUGCGAUGUGAGGGUUUCUAAUUUUUAGCAUCCAGGUUCUGUGUGUGCAGUGUAUGGGUAGGUAAGUUCCAUGGUAAAUAUUUACGGCCAAGUGUGGAAAGCCCAGAUUGCCUUUUCUUGUACAGCGUUCUUGCUCCCACUCAUUAUGAAUGAUUUGAUGGCACGCAUUCAUCGCAAUGAUGUGAAACGGUGGAAAAAAAACAUGUGAAAUGACCUGUUAAUCCCAAAUGUAGGAUGAGGUUAUUCUUCCCUGUC